CCAACCAAACCUCAAAUGAUACCGAAGCCACUGCAGACGGUGGGGAAAGCCGCCGCCGUAAUCUUUGCCGGAUUUCUGACUCUCAAUCUCGCUUCCACCGCCACGAUUGGAGCCUUACGGGUGGCCGUCGAGUCCAGACGGAAGAAGAGUGCUUUGCCUUGUGUGGUUUGUAAAGGGAAAGGGUUUUACAUAUGCAAGCUAUGUAAAGGGAAUGCUACCCUUCAAUGGUCGCCUCUGUAUGACCCAGUAGCCAUAAAUCCUUGUCUUUGCCCAACCUGUGAUGGAAAUCGAGUGCAGCGCUGCCUCAACUGUUUAGGGAAGGGUUACAAUUGAUAGAGGCGCAAUUAGUUCUUCAGCUUUAUGUAUUGAAUCGCAAACGUUUUUCAUGUGUAACGCUCUCCUUUUAUCAUCAAGAAAAUAAAGUUUAGCAGUAAGUACACGGU